AUGAACCAGUCCUCUAUGAAUGCUAUAUUGAUAUUUACUGCAUAUGGACCUCCUAGUGCAGUCAACACUUUUUUUUUCAUUUUAACCUUUUUGGUCUACCUUAUCACAAUUUUGGCUAAUCUUUUUCUUGCACUUGUCAUCAUUAUGGAACCAAGCCUUCAGAAGCCCAUGUAUGUUUUUAUGCUUCACUUGGCAAUAAAUGGAGUAAUUGGAAGCACAAGCGUUUGUCCAAAAAUUAUGGAUCUUUUAAUCUCGAGCACAAAAGAGAGCUCCUAUGAAGGCUGUCUUGGGCAGGUGUUUUUUAUUAAUUUCUAUGCAUCUAGUGCAUAUGCAAUUUUAACUGCAAUGGCCUAUGACAGGUAUGUUUCUAUCUGUAAACCCCUACAGUAUCACACCAUCAUGACUUCUGGCAAAGUGAAACAGCUAGUUUUUGUGAUUUAUUUCUUUCCCAUAACUGCUUUGUCCACUCAAGUGUACCUCACUUCAAAGCUCCCUUUGUGCAAGAACAAUAUUAACAAGCUGUUUUGUGAUAAUUUAGCAAUUGUUAACCUGUCUUGUGUUAAAAGUAACCUGGGAAAUAUUUUUGGUAUAUUCAUAAUUAUUUUUCUUGUCGUUCUUCCAUUAAUCCUGGUUGUGAUCUCCUACAUCAAAAUACUUGCUGUGUGCUUGAAAACCUCAAAAGAUGCACAAAAGAAAGCCUUAAGCACAUGCACACCCCACUUAAUCACAUUUGUUAACUUCUCCAUUGCAUCACUUUUUUCUGUCAUCUAUAAUCGAUUCAAUGAUUAUAUUCCAAGCCAUGUUAAUUUUUUUAUGUCUUUACAUUUCAUCCUACUACCCCCACUUUUGCAUCCUUUAAUAUAUGGGAUCAGGACCCUUGAAAUUAGGAAGUGUAUUGCAAAAAUACUUAGGAAAAGAGAGAACCACUCAGUGGCUGACUACUCCCUCAAAUUCCGGACCCUGGCAGAGCAAAGCGGCUGGAAUGAGACAUCCCUCCUGGUGAAUUUUCGGCACGAGCUGAACCCUCGGAUACAGGCCGAGCUCCAAUACCAAGGAGAGGCACUGGAAUCCAUGCAGAUCUACCCUCAUCAGAUGGUUGUCCCGGUAGAAUACCAAGACCCCCAGGAGGUCUUCAGUAAAGAGCAGGCAGUGGUGCUGCCAGCACACAGACCCUGA